CCCCGGGAGGCGCGUUCCCCGCUCCGGGCUGGCGCCGCCUGCUGCGCUUCACUCUCAGCCUCGUCCGCUGUCGGCUUCCGGGCGGGAUCACGGCGGCGGGAUCAUCCUAUCCUCCGGGGUAGCACUUGCGACCUGCCCGAGAUUGGGGUGCGCUGCAGUUGCGGCCCGGUCUUUCCCGGUGCAGCACUUGCGUCCUGCCUGGGGCUGGGGUGAGCUGAAGGUCUGGUCCUGUCCUUCCCGGUGCAGCACCUGAGACUUGCUCCGGGUUAUGGAAUCUGUGCCAUCCAAAUUGUUUGAUCCAGUGAAUCUGCAAGGAAAGGUCUCUGAGGCCUCCAUCUGCUGACUGCAUGACAGACCCUAAAGGAAAUGCCAGUUGUGAUGGCCCGGGACCUGGAGGAAACAGCGUCAUCCUCAGAGGAUGAGGAGGUGGUAAGCCAAGAGGAUCAUCCAUGCAUCAUGUGGACUGGAGGCUGCCGGAGAAUUCCAGUUUUGGUAUUCCAUGCUGAGGCUAUUCUGACAAAGGACAACAAUAUUCGAGUUAUUGGAGAACGGUAUCAUUUGUCUUACAAGAUUGUGAGAACUGACAGUCGCCUGGUACGCAGCAUUCUGACAGCCCAUGGAUUUCAUGAAGUUCACCCAAGCAGCACUGACUACAACCUAAUGUGGACAGGUUCUCACCUGAAACCCUUCUUACUUCGCACCCUCUCUGAAGUACAAAAGGUUAAUCACUUUCCCAGGUCAUAUGAACUAACCCGGAAGGACCGACUUUACAAAAACAUCAUUCGAAUGCAGCAUACGCAUGGGUUCAAGGCUUUUCACAUCCUCCCUCAGACCUUCCUCCUGCCAGCAGAGUAUGCGGAAUUCUGUAAUUCAUAUUCAAAGGAUCGGGGACCUUGGAUAGUAAAACCAGUGGCCUCUUCUAGGGGGCGGGGUGUCUACCUGAUCAACAAUCCAAACCAGAUUUCCCUGGAAGAGAACAUCCUGGUCUCCCGUUACAUUAACAACCCCCUGCUCAUAGACGAUUUCAAGUUUGACGUGCGCCUGUAUGUGCUUGUAACUUCCUAUGACCCUCUUGUCAUCUAUCUUUAUGAAGAAGGAUUGGCUAGGUUCGCAACUGUGCGGUAUGAUCAAGGAGCCAAGAACAUUAGGAACCAGUUCAUGCAUCUGACAAACUACAGUGUGAAUAAGAAGAGUGGAGACUAUGUCAGUUGUGAUGACCCAGAAGUGGAGGAUUAUGGGAACAAAUGGAGCAUGAGUGCAAUGCUUAGAUACCUUAAACAAGAAGGCAAAGAUACAACCGUGUUGAUGGCCCAUGUAGAAGACCUGAUCAUUAAGACUAUCAUCUCUGCUGAACUAGCUAUUGCUACUGCCUGUAAAACCUUUGUUCCUCAUCGCAGCAGUUGUUUUGAACUCUAUGGCUUUGACGUGCUCAUAGAUUCUACUCUGAAGCCAUGGUUGUUGGAAGUGAAUCUCUCUCCUUCUUUGGCCUGCGAUGCACCUCUGGACCUAAAGAUUAAAGCCAGUAUGAUUUCAGAUAUGUUCACUGUUGUAGGAUUUGUGUGCCAAGAUCCUGCCCAGCGGGCAUCAACCCGGCCAAUUUAUCCCACCUUUGAGUCUUCCAGGCGAAACCCUUUCCAGAAACCUCAGCGUCCAGUAUCUGCACAGUUUCAGUCAUCAAACACCAAGCAGCGUUCCCGUCCACUCUCUGCUAGUGAUGCGGAAAUGAAAAACUUGGUGGGCUCAGCCCGGGAGAAAGUGUCGGGAAAGUUAGGUGGUUCUGUGCUUGGUCUGUCUAUGGAAGAGAUUAAAGUUUUACGGAGGGUGAAGGAAGAGAAUGAUCGGAGAGGUGGAUUUAUUCGCAUAUUUCCUACAUCUGAGACAUGGGAAAUAUAUGGGUCCUACCUUGAGCACAAGACCUCCAUGAACUACAUGCUGGCAACACGCCUUUUCCAGGACAGGGGAAACCCAAGAAGAAGCUUAUUGACAGGAAGAAUACGAGUGACUGCUGAUGGAGCACCAGAAUUGAAGCUAGAGAGUAUGAAUUCAAAGGCCAAGCUGCAUGCUGCUCUUUACGAGAGGAAGCUCCUGUCUCUGGAGGUGCGAAAACGUAGACGACGGAGUAGCAGAUUGAGGACGAUGAGGCCAAAAUACCCAGUGAUUACUCAACCAGCUGAAAUGAAUGUUAAAACUGAGACAGAGAGUGAAGAGGAAGAAGAAGUUGCAUUAGACAAUGAAGAUGAAGAACAGGAAGCUUCCCAGGAGGAGUCUGCAGGGUCUCUUGGAGAAAAUCAAGCCAAAUAUGCACCCCCAUUGACUGUUAUGGUAGAAAAUUCACCCAAAGAAAAUUCCACGAAAGUUCCUGAGUGGAAUAAUAAAGGUGAACAGAGCUGCAAAAUUGAGACUCAGGAGCCAGUUCCUAAAUUUAAUCUGAUGCAGAUUCUACAAGAGAAUGGAAAUCUUAGCAAAGUGCAGGCCCGAAUAGCGUUCUCAGCAUACCUCCAGCAUGUUCAGAUUCGCCUGAUGAAAGACAGUGGAAGUCAGACAUUCAGUGCCAGUUGGGCCGCCAAAGAGGAUGAACAGAUGGAGCUGGUAGUCCGUUUCCUUAAGCGAGCAUCAGGUAACCUCCAGCACUCGCUGAGGAUGGUAUUACCCAGCCGACGAUUGGCACUUCUAGAACGCAGAAGAAUCCUGGCCCACCAACUGGGUGACUUUAUCAUUGUAUACAACAAGGAAACAGAACAAAUGGCUGAAAAGAAAGUGAAGAAGAAGCUAGAGGAAGAAGAGGAAGAUGGGGUGAAUACAGAAAACUUUCAGGAGUUCAUCAGACAAGCAAGUGAGGCUGAACUGGAGGAGGUGUUGACUUUUUAUACCCAAAAAAACAAGUCUGCAAGUGUCUUCCUGGGGACUCACUCUAAAAGUUCUAAGAACAGCAACAGCUGUUCUGACAGUGGGGCAAAAGGUGAUCACCCUGAGAUGGUGGAAGAAGUGAAAAUAAAGCCGCCCAAACAGCAACAGGCAACAGAAAUUCAUUCUGAUAAAUUAUCUCGAUUUACCACAUCAGCAGAAAAAGAGGCUAAAUUAGCCUAUACCAAUUCUUCCUCUACUCCUUUCUCUGUUCCUGCUACUCUUCUGCAGAAAAUUCCCAACACCCAUUUGCCAUCUGCUGCAGCCUCUGACCUCUCCCAAGGGACUGGCCACCUUUCUGCUUUAUAUCAAAUUCCUCCAGUUAUCCCCACUGUGCCUCACCAGCCAACAGUGUUACUGAACACAGUCUCUGACAAUGCUUCUCCCUCCAUACAUCCUGGAACACAGAACAUACCAAGCCCUGCUGACCUGCCACGCUGUCGAUCAGGCAGUUACACCAUUGGCCCCUUUUCCUCUUUCCAAAGUGCUGCACACAUCUAUAGCCAGAAACUGUUUCGUCCGUAUUCAGCAAAGGCAGGGGAGUGA